UGACAGAAAGCACGACGGAAACACCAAAAAACUUUCUUCAUUCACUUCCAAAAACAAAACAAAUUUUCAGGUGGACCUGCAGGGGGCAAUCAAUCAUUUGCAUUUUUUGCAACAUAACCAGAAAAGCACCCCAACUGACUUCCUGUCAAGAGGAGGAACUUCCUGUUAAACGGCCAUCUUGAACAUCAGUUCAAUACAUGCUGUGGAGGACAAAGGAGGAAAGUUUGUUGAGAGCAAAAGCUUAAAGAAACAAGCAAACCAAGAAAACUAAAAUCCCUCAGUUCACCGUCAAACGCAACUGGUUUUCAACCUGAAUGACUGUAUGACCCCUUCACCAAUCAAAUCAAGAAAACAAAUUUCAAUAAUAAACAUAAAAAAGGGGAAAUCCUUGUUCUGAGUUGUUCCUUGCUGACUGGGCUCUUUCAAGUGGAGCAUUACUGAGGGAAAAAAAUCAAAAUCACAACAAAACUUGACAGUUGAAAACCAGCGUGGCAACAGUGACUAAGGAUAAACGGCCUUCAGUCAACCUUGUCUACGCGAGGAAACACUGCAAGAAUGGCGGAAGAAGCCACAGGAAAAACCAUCAAACAGCUGAAGACAGAGAGGACUUCAGCAAAAGCGGCCUUCACGAAACAAGCAAACUACCUGUUAAGAGUGACUGGAGACCUGAUGAAGUCAGAACUUCAAACGGAGUAUAGGAAACUCUGCACACUCUCCAGGGAAGUCAACAGUGCCAACGACCAGUACGAGCUCGGUCUACUAGCAGAGGUUGACGAAGGGGAGAAAGAGGUGAAGCUGCAACCAAACGAAGAGAGCGACCUUUCAAAGACCACAGAAGACUGCAGGAACCGACUGGAAGAAGUCAGAACAAGUGUACAGUCCAGUCUCUGGUCAAGGUACGCCGAGGGGGAGCUGACCUUUGCCAUUGAGGAGGCAGAGUCAGCAUGCGAACAGGCUCGUGGCAUCCCUGUGUCCCUCAUCAACAAAGAUGCAUAUGAGCACAAGGUGGAAACCGGAAAGCAACUUGUCGCAGAGGCAGUGGCUGCACUCAAGGAAUGGGAGGGAUGGAUUCCCAAUGAGGAGAAGACUGAAUUGGAUGGCAGGUUAAAAGGCUUAAGGAAGCUGAAGAACAAUCUUGUGGCAAAAAAGGCUGAAUUCCUAAUCGUGCAGAGAACUGCAGAAGAGGAGAGGCGGGAUUCUUCUCAAGCCAAGUCAGCACCUCAGCCAGCCCAGCAGACUAUCCUCAAAAUAAAGCCCACCAGCCUGCCCAGAUUCCAUGGAUCAAGAAGGGAAUUCUACCAAUAG